AUGAGCAUCGUCAAUCAGCUCACACCAGCCGAGAGGCGUAUAUUGAAUGAGGCAUUGGAAAAUGCGGAGAAAAGAGCAUGCAAUGGUGCGCUUGCGGCGGCAGAAGGAACCCAAUUUCCAUUAAUUCCAGGAGUUGCGACUGCGGGGGCAAGACGUGCCAAACCCAAGGCAUGCAACACGAUGGAGCGCAUUUCUCAACAGGAGCGUCAGGAACGUGAGUUGUGGAUGGCUGUGGAACGCAGUCUUGAGCAUCCUUUUGUGUACCGCACAGACUCUAGCAAAGAACUUGCCGUCAAUAUGCUGCGGCGGAUUCCGAGACUAAAGGAUCUUUCGUUAAGAGACUUAGAGACCAUGUCCUCAACGAUGCGAAUAGCACACGUGGGUGAUGGUGUGGUGCUUGCGGGGAACCAACCUCGGAAAACCGAGGCAAACGUAGAAACGAUGGAUUACAUUGACCGCUACUCGUUGGUGGUAAAUGAGGACACUGCCACAACCGCCGGCUGGAGUUCUGAUGUGGACUUGGCACCAAAAGCAGAGAGGGAGGUAACUAGCGCGCAAGAAGCAUCAGAGCAGGGACGGGAUGACAGUAGUUGUUCUCCUUCGAAAAGUAGCGCGAGGCAUGAUAUGGCGAGGUACGUUUACGUUUUACUACGUGGUAAUGUUUUACUGCGCCUCCCGUUUAAAUGCCCAAUGGAUGCACUUGUCGAACCGUACGAGAUGUUUGGUCUUCCGACGACACUAGCAGCUCUACCGGAGGAUGCCUACUACCAAACAUGUUCAGAUUGCGUACUUCUUUGCUUCCCAAGGAACAAGGAAUACGUGAUGGACGGAGUGCUCAAACGUCUGGACAAGCGCCUGGUGCAAGAACAGACCACCUUUCUGCAGCAGCAUCUUCGUGUGAAAGUUUUAACGCACUGGACACCGCAAGAAUACGAAAGAUGUGCCCGUGCACUUGUGCCGCUGCGUGUAUCCUGGCGACAAAUGGUAGUUGAGCAGGAUAUGGAAUCGGAUGCUAUGUACUUUAUAAAAGAGGGGCAAUGCGUAGUUGUUCGUAAUGUACCACUACCACGUGGUCGCGCGCGCUACGGUAGACGAGUGCAUGAGGGCAGUGUUACCUGUUUUCCCUCUACUGGUGCAAAAGCGAGGCAGUCACGCCAACUCAAUGAAUCGGUGACAUCGUUUGGCCACUUUCCCUCGUCAGUACCACGCGGCCAACAACACAAUUUGCCAUCGCAGACUAUGAAAUUUGUGGAGGUCGCCACGUUGCGCGAGGGUGAAUUCUUUGGGGAAUUGGGGUUACUUAGUCAUGAGGUUGAUAGGAAACCUGACGUAGAGAAAAUCCGGUCUGAGGCCUACUGGCGAAACACACUUGCUGCUGCAAAGGAUGCGCCGACCGAUUAUGCACCCUUAGAUGGGGAGUUGCCGUUGCAGAAAGUGUUGCAACCUCUUUCCAGUGGAUCACCAUCACCAAGGGGGAUCGAAGGAGAUCCUACAUCAUUCGCCCUCGGUUUAGAACCAACCAAUAAAUUUUCUAUGUUUCCACAGCCUACAAUGGGGCGACAGGCGAGUGUGUACACAAGAUGCCCAUGUGUUUUUUACAUGUUACCUUACGAUCGUUGCAGGGAACUCUUUGGUGCGCGUGAGUAUGCCCAGUUGAAGGAGUUUGCCAAUGGAUAUCCAUCCCGUGAAGACAUUGAGAUCCACUACGAGAGACAACGGAAAUGGAGCAAAUAUCGUAAAACAUUGGUAAACGAUGUUCUGAAUGAUGCGAGCAACAUGCGGCAGAAAUCACACGAGGGUUGCAGUCGUGUCAAGUGA